UGAAAUAGUGACAAAGUUGUUCACAAACCACUUUGUGGUUUGCGUUUGGUUUCAGCCAGCUCCAGCGACUUGUUGCCAUGAGGAAAAGGACCUGCGCUGCCCUUGGCGGCUGGGGAAGGAUCGCUGCCCUGUGAAGUGCUCCUGCCCCAAGGUGCAAAGGGGGUGGCAAUGGUACCUGGGCAGAGCACGGAGGACCUCGGCCAGCAGAGCCCGACGAUGGGAGCAGGGGAGGAUGAGGAGAGCAGCCGGAGCAGCCGCCGCCACCUCCGCAAGCUCCCGGCUGCAGCAGGCUGUGGAUCAUUUACUUUUCUAUCUUCUGCUGUUGCUGCUGUAAGUGGACUUCUGAUGGGUUAUGAGUUGGGCCUUAUCUCUGGAGCUCUUCUUCAGAUGAGCAGCAUAUUAGCACUGUCUUGCAAGGAGCAAGAAAUCAUUGUAAGUUCCCUGCUUUUUGGGGCCUUAUUUGCAUCACUUACUGGUGGAUUCCUGAUAGACCGAUUUGGAAGGAGACUUGCUAUUAUUAUUGCAUCUUCUUUGCUUGUGUUGGGGAGUCUGAUUUUACUGCCCUAUGAAUCAUAUGGGAUACUUAUUGUGGGACGGAUUGCCAUAGGUAUUUCUAUCUCAUUAUCAUCAAUUGCAACAUGUGUGUAUAUUGCUGAGAUUGCCCCACAGCACAGAAGAGGCCUCCUCGUAUCAUUAAAUGAACUCAUGAUUGUGAUAGGCAUUCUCUUAGCCUAUAUUUCAAAUUAUGCGUUUGCCAGCAUAUCUCAUGGCUGGAAGUACAUGUUUGGCCUUGUGAUUCCCUUAGGUGCUUUGCAGGCUAUUGCCAUGUAUUUCCUUCCUCCAAGUCCUCGGUUUCUUGUAAUGAAAAAUAACGAUGAAGCUGCAAGAAAGGUACUGGAGAAGCUACGGGAAACAUCAGAUGCUACUAAAGAACUUGCCGUGAUCAAGUCUUCUCUGAAAGAUGAACAUCAGUAUCAUUUCUUGGACCUGUUUCGUUCAAAAAACAACAUGAGGGCCCGAAUGUUGGUAGGACUCACCCUAGUCUUUUUUGUGCAAACAACUGGGCAACCCAACAUUUUAUUUUAUGCAUCAACCGUUCUGAAGUCAGUUGGGUUCCAGAGCAAUGAAGCUGCCAGCUUGGCUUCUACUGGAGUUGGAGUGGUUAAAGUGGUCAGCACAGUCCCAGCCACGAUUUUUGUGGAUCAAGUUGGAAGUAAAACUUUUCUGUGUAUUGGCUCUUCUGUUAUGGCAGUAUCGCUGGUCAGUAUGGGCUUAGUGAACCGUAACAUACAUAUGAAUCUCACCAGUGUCUGUAGAAGCCAAUCUCCAGAGGAUUUCUUUCUCCAGAGACCGAGAAACCUCACUGGUGUCAUUAAUGGGAGUCUCAAGGACCUCUUUUCUAGUAUGGCUUCAUCAGAAAGAUUGUCUUCUCGUGCACAGAAAAGCCCAGAUGUCAGGACAGGAGAACUGAACGGGACUGCCCUGGCAGGAGGCAAAAGCACAACAGGGUCUCACAUGGAAAGUGGGGAGGUUCCUGUUGUCCUGAAAUGGCUCUCGCUGGCCAGCCUGCUUGUUUAUGUUGCUGCAUUUUCCAUAGGUCUUGGACCAAUGUCCUGGCUGGUCCUGAGUGAAAUUUUCCCUGGCGGGAUCAGAGGACGGGCCAUGGCUUUGACAUCUAGCAUGAACUGGGGUAUAAAUCUCCUCAUCUCCUUGACAUUUUUGACUGUAACUGAGCUCAUUGGUUUGUCCUGGGUGUGCUUCAUUUACACAAUAAUGAGCCUAGCAGCCCUGGCUUUUGUUAUUGUGUUUAUACCAGAGACGAAAGGAUGCUCUUUGGAGCAAAUAUCCAUGGAACUAGCUAAACAGAAAUACGUGAAGACCCCCCUGUGCUGGGUGAGCCAGCGCAGGGAGAAACUGGUGCCGGUGGAACUUGCCAAGCGAGAGAAAGAGCAGCUCUACUAGACCCGGGGCAGUCAAAGCAGCCUUCACCAAAAGUCUGAUUUAAAAAAAAAAAAAAAAAGUAAAAAAGUUCAGUGAUGCUCACACACUGAUGGGACACAUUGCAUCUUUAUUAUACACAAGAUAUUCUCUCUUUCAUUUCUUAUUAGAACUUCUUUCAGUGGCAGUUUACAGCCAGCAUUAAAGAUUGUUGUAGUUUAUAACUUACUGGAAAUCUAGGCUCUGUCUGUUUCAAACCACCAUCCCUCACCUCCCCUGAGGUUACUCACCUCUUACAGACAGGAGGUGAAUGGAAAUUGGAAUAUUGUGCACAGUUCUAGUUAUCCAUAUUCAACAAGCGUUCGGGCUGGAAGAGGUGCAAAGAACGACUGGGGUGCAAAGGAGAAGGAAGAGUCUCACAGGAGACGUCCACCAAAGAUAGGUCUGUUUAGCCUAGCAAAAAAGGGGCUGAAAAGGGUUAACAACUCUCUGCCAGUAAGUUAGGGACGACAACACUAGGGAGUAAAAAUGGACAGCUACGGAGUGUGAACGAUGAUGUCAGUGCCGAACAACUGGGUAUGAACUGUUUAUGAAUUAAUUUAGGCUUCAGCUUAACAAGACCCAAGGAAGGAUCUCGUUCAUCAGAACUAAAUUAUUUAUAACACAGAGCAUGCUCAGCUUAUAAGAGGAACUUUACAUACAGUUUCCUGGGAGGGCCAGAAUUCAGUGACCUAGGAAAAGCUCCUAAGAAAAUACUGUCAAAUAGUUUGGGGAGGGGGGAGACAUUUGCAUAAUCAAUUACUCUAGGUUGAGGGUGACCUCACAGAAGAGGAAAUAAGAUUUCUUUGGUUUCCCAGUCCCAGCAAAGUUGAGAGCUGGAGGUACCAGAGUUGAUGCCAAAAUAAUUUUAUUUCUCAACACAGGGCACACUAGACUUUGACUUUUGGAUUCAGAAAGUGAGAACUGUGUGGUAUAGGGCAGCACAAAGGGAGUUCAGAAACUGCAAUCACUGCAAAUCAUAAAUGACGUCAAAUUCUUGGUUAUUGCUUAGCAAGUUUAUCCUGAAGUACUCAACAAGCCUCUACAAAAGGCUAUAUAUAUGGCUUUCACAAAAGAACGUAGGUCUUUUUUUUCUUAGAAGGUUAACAGAUUUUGUUGGAAUGAUCAGUAGAUAAAUAUUUAUUAGCAGAUAAAUAAAUGGUUCUUUGUUUAAAGAAAAAAAAAAAAACAUGCUUUAAAAGCAUGCUUGCUGUCUCAGCAGCCAUACAGCAGCAUUUCUUCCAGCAUUUAGUUGAGGAAGCAAGACUGACACUGUCAGCUGGAGUACUUUGAACUAAGCACAUGAUCCCAAUUUAUUUGCUGUCUCACAGCAUUAAAACCACCUGACUGUGUCCUGCACUGAGGGAACAGUGACUUAAUGAUCUAGGUAAAGUUUUGCUUCUGAGCAGAGCAGAUCAGUUCUGAUCAGAUUCUCACAUGGUCACACUUCUAGAUACUGACACUGUAAAUUUGUAAAAGCAUGUCUGUUCAGACAGUGUGUUCAAAACCUGAAAAGAAACUAUUGAAGCCAAGAUCAUGAUUUGCCAGAAGUCAUGGGAAAUUUAGCUACCUCGGGAUGGGAACCUGCUGGCCAAAUCUGUACCAGAACUUUCCUGCAUCGUAAGCUUUAAGGGAACCAAUAUCAAAACCCUGUCGGGCUUUUGGUACGAAGGUCAGGUAAAUAGUUAUGACAACACAGGAGUUUUAAUUACGCAGAUCCCCUGUCAUCUAAACCAAUCCAAACUCUGAAUUGUGAGGCCACUGGCUAGCUGGUCAGUUUAUGGCCACCUUAUUUCUUCUGUCCUGAUCCCAGAGCCAGCAGUCCUUCCAAUAACCUCAUGGGUGCCAUGAGAGUGAGCUGCUUUCAGGGGUGCCUAUGGUCAUAUGUAUAAGGCUUGGCAAGAUGCAGUUUUUGGCAUACAAAGUGUAGCAAAGAUAAAGUAAAAUCUCCUUAUAAGGGUCCAUGUGAGCCCUUUUGAUAUAGUCUAUAAGCAGCGAG